AUGGAUUUUAAUACAUAUAAUAUUACUGGAAAAUGUAGAUUUUGCCACUCAGAGGGAUUCCACAGAGAUCUAAUGAAAGAAUACGAAGGAAAUAAUUUAAGCGAGAUUUAUUUUGAUAUCUUUCAGGAAUGCUUUAAUUUAUAUCUAUGCAUUGUGUCCAACCAAAGUAGCCUAAUAUGUAUGUCCUGUAUUAAACAACUGCGUGAUGCAAAUAGUUUCCGAGCAAUGGUUGUUAAAGCUGAACAAGAUUUGCUGCAAGCUUCAGAACGAGAUCCAGUUUUUAUUAAUAUUAGUGAUACAUGGUCAAACAAGGCCAGAGUGGAGGUAAAUACACAAGAGAUGGUAAAAUUAGAAAUCUGUGAUUCAACAUUGGAUAAUGAUAUAGAGGACUGCAAUCUUGGUAAACAAUGGAAUAGCAACACAAAUGUGAAAAGCGAGGAAAUCUUGGAAAAUUCAUUUGAUUCCUAUUCUAUAUUGGAUCAAGAUUGUUGCAGUGAUAAUGAAAUACAAGGUGAAAAUGAAUUAUUGUCAAGGUUUGCCGGUUUGAAGCCACUACCCACUCGACACACUUUGUACAAAACUUACUACAACUUUGCCAAACAGUUGGAUUCUUUGAAAGGUAAAAACGUAAGGGCAACAGAUAUUAAGGCCCUCCUUCAAAAGCAAAACAAAACAUCAUCCACAUAUGUAACAGAAAAAUCGACUCUCUUAAAUAACAUAAUGCAACUCUUACAAAAUUCCAAUCUGGCGCCAUUCCAACCAAAACGGCGCUCUGGAAUCCUUUGCCUUUACUGUUCUAAACCUUUUGACAACUUUCAAAAUCUCCAUUCACACCAAGAAAGCGAAAACUGCAAGAAAUCAAUAAAAAAAGUUCUUAAUAAAAAAUGUUCCGAGUCCUUAAUUAUUUACGCUCAUAUAAACGAAUUAAAAUGCACAAUAUGUAAUACCUCACUCGACUUUAACGCGUUAAAAGCGCACUUAAUGACGGUACACAAGCAAAAGUUUUUUCCCUCCAGUGAGAGGGUAGUUCCAUUCAAAUUGAUUAAGGGAAACGAGUUCAUUUGCCAAAUUUGCGGGUUUAGCUUCGAAACAUUCGGUUCAAUUGAACGCCACAUGAACACGCAUUACAGGAAUUAUGUUUGCGAAUGCGGCGCUGGUUAUAUGACGAAAAAUCGUCUAAAGGUACACUGGAGGUAUUCGCAUAAGAACGGGGUGUUUCCAUGCGAGAUAUGCAAAAAGACAUUCCCUUCCCAACAUAAAUACAACUGCCAUUAUGACGUCGUCCAUAGAUCUGUGAAAAAAAAUAAAUGCACGAAGUGUCCAGCUCGUUUCGCUGAUUAUUUUAAUAAGCACAAACACAUGGUCGAAGUCCACGGCGAACCGCCUCUGGAAUACAGAUGUAACGUUUGCGAUGCGAUUUUUAAACGACGCUACGCCUUGCUCUGCCAUGUGCGCCGGCGCCAUUUGGAGAUGAAGAAUGUGGAUUGCGAAUUGUGUAGCUAUAAGUGUUAUACGGUGACGGAAUUGAAAGUGCACAUGAUAAAGCAUGUUGGGGAGAGGACGAAUCAAUGUAGCAUAUGCAAAAAGGCAUAUGCGAGAAAGAAAACGUUGAAGGAGCAUAUGCGGAUACAUGCUAAUGAUAGGAGAUUUGUUUGCGCUAUUUGUGGGCAGGGCUUCGUGCAGAAUUGUAGUUUGAAAGGACAUAUGCGAUCGCAUCAUGCAGAUAGCGAUUUAGCUAAGGGUUAA